AUGCGAAUCCGAUAUCCUUUUGCAGGGGCCUUCAUCUUCCUCCUAAUUUUAUCCGCCUACAUAGGCCUUCUUCCACACAGCGAAUCGUCCUCCAUUCCUGCCAAUCUACAACCAAAUGACAAGCUCCUUCACGUCGUCAUCUUCUUCCUCAUCUCCCUCAUUUUCUACUGGAUUCCCGACACCUCCCGCCGGCGUACGCUCCAUUUGACCCUGGUUGUCUGCACCCUUGCCCUCGGCGUCGGAUCCGAAAUCCUCCAAGGAAUUCUCCCCAACGGUCGGUCCUUCGACCCUUUCGACCUGCUAGCCAAUAUUGUCGGAAGUCUCGGUGCAGUCGGGCUAUGCGGUUGGUAUCACCGGCGGAUGUUGGAACGGCGGCGCAAGUCCCGAUUCGGGUCCCUCGGUGAGGGCGGCGAAGACGAUGUCGAGCUUGGUAUGAGCCCGGAUCACCGUGAGAGAGAGCAACUAGAGCCGCAGGAAUCUGGUGUGGUCAAUCUAGAGCAGGAGGUUGAUAACUGGGAUGAGAAUGCUGUCGACACUUGGGACACAGAAGAUGGCGACGACCCCAGUAGCGGCUUGACUGGGAAGGCUGCUGCAGAUAAAGAUCAGAAGGGUCUUGCAGAAGGGAAGAGGAAUGACUAA